GUUUAGAUUAAGAAAGCUUGGAGUUGGAGGUUGGAAACCUGGUUCAAGAAGCCAAGCCAAAGCCAACUCCUUCGUGUAAAAGACAAAUCAAGAAACCGUUACAAAGACAAAAUGAUCCCAUCUCUUUGCAAGCUUCUUAAACUGUCAAAACCUUCCCAGAACAUCACGCUGACAUGAUCUGGCGCUCAUUCUUUUUGUCAUGCAAAAGAAUAUACAUUUCACUUGAUUUUGUUUUGGUGGGGUCUUCUUUUUGCAUCUUCUUUCUUUUUUCUUUUUCGCCAGUAUUUUAGACGGCCAACAUCUUUCUCUUCCCCUUUCCUCGCUUUUUGUUUCAAAUUUGAAAUUCUGCGAUUGGAAUCUUAUCUGGGAUUCAAAAGACGAGCAUUUAUUGAUCAUCUUUUUCUUGGUAUUUUGGAGUUAGUUACGGGGAUUUUCCUGUUUCCUAAGGAAUAUUUUUACUGGAGUUUGAUUGAUUGUCAUCAUCGUGGUCGUUUCUCUGCCUCGGUGUGGUCUUCCUUUGAGCUUUGAUAUCAGUCUCCUCAGCCUCAACCAGGUUAGUCGAAAAAUCCAUGGCCGAAAGUGGCAUGGGGAGACACAAUUUUGAUAUAGAUAUCCUCAAAGAAACCCUCUGCGCUCAGCAACAGUUGCUGCAGAAGCUUUACAAUGAGUUGGAAGCAGAGAGAGAGGCCUCUUCUUCUGCUGCCAGUGAAGCUUUGUCUAUGAUAUUGCGCCUACAAGGAGAAAAAGCUGCUGUGCAAAUGGAAGCAGAGCAAUACAAAAGAUUGGCAGAGGAAAAAAUGGGAUAUGCAGAGGAAUCAUUAGCAAUUUUUGAAGAUAUUAUGUAUCAGAAAGAUAUGGAGAUGGCAGCUUUGGAUUCUCAAGUGCAGGCUUACAGGUAUAAGCUAUUAAGCAUGGGUUGUGAAGAUCCAGGAAUUGGUGAAACAACGUCUCCAGAAAACCUCUUACAAAGAAAUGAAUCUUUUGUAGGGGAAACGAAUUUGAAAAGGAUCGGAAGGAGAAAUUCUGCACCCCUCCUAACUUUGAUAUCAUGCAUGAGGAAAGGUGUGACUGAGAGAGAGAGUUGUUUAAGCCCCAAAACAGAUCUGGUUCAUAAGACAGUCGAAGAUUGCACAGCACAGGACAUGAAUGAAUCGAGUUCUGAUUGGGAGAAAAAGACAGAUAAUUCUAAUAUGGGAGACAUCAACUCAUAUCUGGAGCAGAUCAGAAAGUUAGAUGGUCGUGUUAAAGAGAUAGCAGGAGUUAGCUAUGCAAACUUACAAAGUUCAACGAGGUCUCCUUCACCGCUUUCACAAAGCUCUGGAAACCCCUAUGAUCUGACAAGAGAACCAACAGCAUAUGACAUGGAUAAGGUCAAACAUCCAGGAAAUGUGAAGGAAAGUGAAAUAACAACUGAAUGUCCUUGUUCCCCAGGUGUCCUUGAUGUCUUUGAAGUCCCCCAGGUGGAAGAGAGUUAUGAUGAUUGCCAAUUGAAGAGAAACAAUCAGAAGAAGAUGGUUUUGCAAGAUGAGAACAAGGUUGAAAAACCAGAUGCCGUUUCUGAGGAGAUUGUUAAGCCAUACAUUCAAGAACAAGAAAGUGACUGGCUACAGAAAGUGCUAAAAUCUUCCCAGCAACAGAAAACAUUUUGUAAACCAAGUAGUGCCAUUGAAGUUGAUUGCAACUUUGCAACGGUUCAUCCUAUAGGAAAAGUUUCUAUAUCUCAACCGUUGCUGCAACAGUUCAAUCAGACUUCAGAAAUAGUUGAGAUUGAUAGACAGGCUGGUAGACUAGUAUCUGCAGACAGAGAGGAAGAACGGAAACUAUUGAAAGAGAUAAGAGAGAAGCUGAAUUCAAUAGAGUGUGAGAUCAGAAGUUGGAAAGUUAAGGAGUCUUCACAUAGAGAUGAGGUACCGAUUGCCACCCUUGCAGAGGCAAUGCUUCAUUUUUGGCUCUGAACCAGCAAUAUGACCACUUUCUUUCCAGUAAGAGGAUCAAAGUUGUCAGAUUCUUGCUUCCAGAAUUGUUGAUGGUUGUUUACAUGGAUUGACAUGAAUAGUUUGAUUGCAGUGUGACUUGAUCUUUUGCAAAGUUUAAGGCCAUGCAUAUUGUGAACAGCGUAUAUACUUGUAUGCUAACACAGUAGUGGAAAAGUGUGUUUUCUUCUGUCUGCACAUCCGACAUUUCUGUAUCCAAGAUCUUUGAAGAAUCAGUUAAUCUUCAUUGUACAUUAAGUGUAUAUAUCUAUAUACAUACACAGGCAUUCAAUCAUUUUCUAGAUAAUCCUUAUGCUAAUAUAUUUUACAUUUUCUUCCA